CCGCGCUGGCCCAGCCCCGCUCCGGCUUCCCCAGACGCUCGGGCCGCGUCCCAUGGGUCUUGGGCUGCGCCGCUGGGCCAGGGACGGUGAUCGGGAGGAGGCCUGGGACGGGGAAACCGGAGGGUGGGAUGGAGCGCCCCGGCUCUCCCCGCCCCGCGCACCUGCCGGCGGCUCUCCGCGCCGGCGAGCUUCUCCCUCCAAUGCCCGUUUGCGGACGGGGUCCUCUCACCCGCUGGCCCCGUCCGGGCCGGUGCCCCUCACCGGCGCAGUCCUGUGCGGGCGGGUCCCCGUCACCGCAGCCCGCGGGGGUCUCCGUCACCGCAGCCCGGGGGGGUCCCCGUCACCGCAGCCCGGGGGGGUCCCCGUCACCGCAGCCCGGGGGGUCCCCGUCACCGCAGCCCGGGGGGGUCCCCGUCACCGCAGCCCGCGCAGGGUCCCCGUCACCGCAGCCCGGGGGGGUCCCCGUCACCGCAGCCCGCGGGGGUCCCCGUCACCGCAGCCCGGGGGGGUCCCCGUCACCGCAGCCCGGGGGGGGUCCCCGUCACCGCAGCCCGCGGGGGUCCCCGUCACCGCAGCCCGGGGGGUCCCCGUCACCGCAGCCCGGGGGGGUCCCCGUCACCGCAGCCCGGGGGGUCCCCGUCACCGCAGCCCGCGCGGGGUCCCCGUCACCGCAGCCCGGGGGGGUCCCCGUCACCGCAGCCCGGGGGGGUCCCCGUCACCGCAGCCCGCGCAGGGUCCCCGUCACCGCAGCCCGCGCGGGGUCCCCGUCACCGCAGCCUGCUCACCUCGCCGCCCUCAGCCGCGGCUCCGACCCCGCAAGCCGGGGUCCUUCGCACUGCACCCGCCGAGCACCCUGUUUCUCCUUCCUCGAGUGGACCAAGGCCGCGGGGCCGGCGCGUGCCCCCAGACCCAUCGCAGCCCCGGCUCGCUGGCUGGUUCUCUCGGUCCCCGCCUGCAGACGGCGUGAGCUCCGGCGGCCGGGACGGCGAGGAGUCUGGACCACCUCCAGGGAGACCCGAUUCUCCAGUGUCUGUGUCACGGGACCCGCCUUCCAAAUUAGAACUCACUUUCCCUUCGGGUUCGGGAUUCUUCCUUUGCGUCGCGCCGCGGGGUUGUAUUUCUCAGUGUCCGCGCCCUGUCCCCCAGAGAGGAAGGUCUGGGUCAUCAGUUGUCCCGUUCCUCAGUGUCUUCUGAUGAGGCUGCAUUUCCCGUGCACCCAAGUGUCCCUUCCUUUCUGGGCUCGCCCCUUCGAGAAGAGGACGCGAGUCUGCCCAGUGUUACGCUUCCUCUCCACUACCCUCCCUGCCCGUGCCUUGUGAUUUCUGUGUCCCCGCGGUUCAGGGGCGUAACGCACCUUCGUGUGGUUGUUUCUGGGAAACCCUAUUGCGUUUCCUCGGAAGACUUUCCGUAAGGUUAGAGCCGGAUAUGCUCUUUGCUUUUCCCAGAUCUUCUGAGUGGACACAGUAGUUUACCUAUAACCCUUUGUGGACACCUUUCAUUAUAUCAAUUUCGCUAUAUUGAUAGCCUCUUGGGAUCACACCUGGAUUAGCCCUUUUGAGGGCAGUAACUGUGGCUUAUUUUCCUGCAUUUCCAGCUUGAAGACAAUUGGUGACGACAAGUAGGUAUUUGCAGAAUUGAAUUUUUGUCAGGGGAAAAAGGAAAAGGGCCACCUUGCUUCACUUUGGUAGUGGGCAUCAACUGAUUUUUAAGCUCUCCAUGGAAGACUGACUCACGGGAUCAACAGAUUGGUUCAGUGGCUGUUCAGUUCAUGUUGUGCGUCUGACGGGGUCAUUGCCUUGUUUAUUUUACUUAGUGCUGUUGUUAUGCGGACAUAAUGCUCAUGGUGGUUAUUAGUGGGGAUGUGUACCGUGUAUAAUGUGUAUUUAUCUUCCGUACAGUUUUUUUUCUUUUUAAGAACUGCUGUAUUACCAGGUACUCUUCUGAGUGCUAGGGAUGGGUAGUGAGCCAAACAGGAGUUCUGCCUCUGCACAGCUCAUGAUCUGUCACCUACAGCCGAGCCCUUGGUUACUCACUAAGCUGGUGUUGUGUCUUGAACAGUAGAGCAGGGGAGGGAGUGGGAGUGGAACGCACUUGUAAGUAGAGCGGUCAGGGAUGGCCUUGCUUACAAGGUGACAUUUGGGUAAAGACUUGAGAGUUGAGAAGGCAAGCCUCGGGUCUUUGGAAAAGUGUCCAAGACUCGGAAGAAAGCGGGUGAACGGUUUUGAAAUGAGAGUGCUGAUCCGGUUCGUACUGGCAGAGAAACCGCUAUGGCCUGGUCUAGAGACCCAAUAGCUUUUUCAGCAAGAUCUUUCUUCGUACCUGAACUCGAAGGUAGUUUGAGUGACUUUUGUCGAUGCCGCCAUAAAUACAUAACUAGAAGUGUUCCGGGUGCAUAGGGAAGCUCGUUCCUUACGUAAAAAUGAACACGCUGGGGCAGGAGUCUGUGAGCUCCUUAUAUAAAGAACUAGAAAGUAAAUAUUUGGUGCUUUGCGAAAGCAGACCUAGACAAAACAUAAACAAGAACGCGUGACUGUGUCCCGGUAGACUUCACGUGUGGACACUGCAGGUUGAAUUCCAUGGGAUUUUCUCAUGUCACAAGAUAUUAUUCUACUUGUAAGUUUUUGCAACUGUUUGAAAGGUAAGAAUCAUUUUUGCUUCUGUGGGCCGUACACAGAGGUGGUGAGCAUGGAUCAUGGUUUUCAGAUGCUGUUCUAGGGCCCGUCGAGGACAUGUCUGGUGAGUCCCCAUGAGGGCUUGGGCUUACUCGGAAGGAGAUAAACCACUGGGGGAUGAAGCCACUGAGCAGAGGUGGAGCACUUCGAAAGACAUGUUCAGCUGCUAUGUUGAGAUUAGACUGAGCAGGGGUGAGGCCCCAGGGUUGAGGCCAGGGUGCAGAGGAGUGUGUGCUGGGUCCGAGAGGGAACCACGGGUGGAAGUGCUGAGUGGUCCUAUGUUGGGCAGGUUUGAGGGGUCCAUGAGUGCUGUUCUCAUGAUACCCUAUAGACACAGUGAGCAGUAAGAAUGGUGUAUUUUU